CCAAUAGCUGCCGUACUGAACCUUCCCCUUCCCCUGCUCUCUGUUUCUGUCUUGUAUCUUCGCAUCUAACCCAGACUACUAUUUGUUUAGCCAGACCCACACUUCUAGCAUACUACUAUUUGUUUAGCCAGACCCACACUUCACCACUGUGUGUGUGUGUGGAGUUUCUGAUAAUACGAGGAAGAAUAGAAGAUGGCAUCGUUUGCACAGCAAUUUCGUGGGCUGAAGUGCCCACCAUUGAAUGACAAUAAAUUUUCUACCUCGAAGAAGAAUCAAAAUCAUUAUCCGCCGUCGCUGCCAAAAAAGACAAGUGUAAUAUCAGCAGCUGCGGUUGCUAUAGCAAAUGCACAAACAAGAGAGAGAAUGAGGCUUAAGGAGAUGUUUGAGGAGGCUUAUGAAAGGUGCCGCACAGACCCUAUGGAGGGCGUGGCCUUCACCGUUGAAGACUUUUAUGCUGCUCUCGAUAAAUAUGACUUCAACUCUGAACUUGGUACCAAGGUCAAAGGAACAGUUUUCUAUACAGAUGCAAAUGGAGCACUAGUUGACAUAAAUGCAAAAUCAUCGGCAUACUUGUCUCUAAGAGAGGCAUCCAUCCACAGUAUCAAACAUGUGGAAGAGGCUGGUAUAGUUCCUGGUUUACGUGAAGAAUUUGUAAUUGUUGGGGAGAACGAAGCUGAUGAUAGUUUGAAUGUGAGCCUGCGCUCAAUCCAAUAUGACCUUGCCUGGGAACGGUGUAGACAACUUCAAGCUGAAGAUGUUGUUGUCAAGGGUAAGAUAGUUGGAGCAAACAAAGGUGGAGUGGUGGCAAUGGUAGAGGGCCUUCGUGGUUUUGUACCAUUUUCACAAAUCUCGAUGUUAAUUAGAAGGCUAUCAAGAGGUCUAGUGAAUUUGUUUCAGAAAUCAACUGCAGAGGAGCUUCUGGAAAAAGAACUUCCUCUUAAAUUUGUGGAGGUUGAUGAGGAACAAUCCAGACUAGUUCUCAGUAAUCGCAAGGCCAUGGCUGACAGUCAGGCACAGCUUGGAAUCGGUUCUGUUGUAAUUGGAACUGUUCAGAGCUUGAAACCAUAUGGUGCCUUUAUUGACAUUGGUGGAAUUAAUGGCCUUUUGCAUGUCAGCCAGAUCAGCCACGAUCGUGUCUCAGAUAUUGCCACAGUUCUUCAGCCUGGUGAUACUUUAAAGGUUAUGAUUCUAAGCCAUGAUCGUGAGAGAGGCCGAGUGAGCCUCUCUACUAAGAAGUUAGAGCCCACUCCUGGUGACAUGAUUCGGAAUCCCAAGCUAGUUUUUGAAAAGGCAGAAGAGAUGGCUCAGACUUUCAGGCAAAGAAUAGCUCAAGCAGAAGCCAUGGCUCGUGCUGAUAUUCUAAGAUUCCAACCUGAGAGUGGAUUGACACUGAGCUCAGAAGGGAUCCUAGGACCCCUGACUUCUGACCUGCCGGCAGACGGUCUGGAUUUAAGUGAUAUCCCACCAGCUGAAGAUUGAAGAAGCUGCAUAUUCUCUACUUUUGUAUCCCAGCGGUUUGGCAGAGUGUUUUGGACCUUUCAGCUGUGUAGGACUUAUCCUUGUUUUUUCGAGAUGGAUCUCUGAGUUCUGCAUUGUUCAUCUCAAUGUCUAUAUCUGGCGCUUUUCUUUUCUUUUACAGCACCGUGGGAAUGUUUUUGCCAAUCCUAGAAGACCAAAGAGAGAGAAGAUAACUGCCCGAGCUUGGUAUAUCAAAUACGUUGUUAUCACAUCUCAGCAGUUUGUUUACAUCUUCGUUUUACUUAACUGAACACUUGUCAUCUUUUCCUUAAAUAUUGAACCACUUUGCAAUAUAUA